GAUACUUGUAUCAGGGUACUAGUCUUUUACUUGCCUCAGCAAUCACGGUGCAUUUUAGUUUUGCGCUCAUAGGAGACGCAGCCCGUGAAGACGCGCUGCCAGAGAGCCCUCCUUGAGCUUUCAACCGUACAUGGAGACAUACCUUUGUCCAUAGAGGUGCAGACUGCUGGGGCUGUCCGGUGAAGCGAUCCCGCCAUGCGUGAAUACAAGUUAGUGGUGCUAGGAUCAGGAGGUGUAGGCAAGUCUGCCCUGACGGUUCAGUUCGUACAGGGGAUCUUUGUGGAAAAGUAUGACCCGACAAUAGAAGACUCGUACAGAAAGCAAGUGGAGGUCGAUGGACAGCAAUGUAUGCUGGAAAUUCUCGACACGGCAGGAACCGAGCAAUUCACGGCUAUGAGGGACCUGUACAUGAAGAAUGGCCAAGGCUUCGCACUGGUCUACUCCAUCACGGCACAGUCAACCUUCAACGACCUCCAGGACUUGAGGGAACAGAUCCUACGAGUAAAGGACACUGAGGAUGUGCCUAUGAUCCUGGUGGGGAACAAGUGUGAUCUGGAGGACGAGCGCGUGGUGGGGAAGGAGCAGGGCCAGAACCUGGCCAGACAGUGGAACCACUGUGCCUUUUUAGAGUCCUCCGCUAAGUCAAAGAUCAACGUCCUCGACAUCUUCUAUGACCUGGUCAGACAGAUAAAUAGGAAAACGCCAGUGGAAAAGAAGAAGGCGAAAAAGAAAUCCAACUGUGUUCUGCUUUAAAGACCCCUACCCCCUGCAGCAGCUCUGAGCCAGAAUGCUGUAAUGAAGAACUGUUGCCCUGAUUGGAACGUGCCAGCAUUCCGAACAGCCCCUCCCCUCCCAAUCACCCUGCUCCUCCCUUCCCCACACACCCCUGACUCCCCCCCCUCCUCUACCCCGCACCCCAUCCUCCGCCAUCCGCCAUAAAAAGUGAAUCAGCUGACCGGUCUGUUCCCGACACGGAGACGGGGACGAGGGGGCCCAGCUCCCUCCCUCACUGUCUCUCUCUCACCUGCGAGGGACCCGUGUCAUGUGUCUCUGCAUCAGUGUUGAUUUAAACCCCGUGAACGGACAGUGUGUACAUCCAAACCACCGCAAACUCUUUAACAACAACAACCAUGACGACGACGAUGAUGAAAUAGAAAAGCCUCUUACCGCAGCUCAACUGCGGAUUCGUCGUCUGCUUACUUUGCCCUUAUUUUUAUUUUUAUAAAUUCUCUUAUUUUUAGAUGUUUGACGGAAAAAAAUAAAAAAGGAAUAAUACCAACCAUUAAGAGGGGGGGGAUAAAAAAACAAGUUAUAACGUCAAUUCAGUAUUUUUCCGUCUUGGCAAUAUGAAUAGAUUGUUGCGAAGACAUGGAAAGUGGACCUCUUUAGUUGUAUGGUUAUAAUGAAUCUUCAAAAAGCAUGAAAUACCACAUCUGUUAAAAGUGUAGAUGUCUUCAAAGUGAACUCAAGUGGAGAAGUGAAAUUUUUUUUUAGUUUUUCUUUUUAUAGCCAUGACCCGAUCCUCCAUGGCUGUCAUGUCAGUGGUAAUAGAACAACAUCCAUGUUUUGUUUUUCUUUUGUUUUCCUUUUGUUUUAGUUUUGCCCAAUUGUUCAUGGACCUUCUCUCUUCUGCAGAUAUCUCUGAAGUGACUUAAUUUUAUACUGUCACUGGGAUUUCAUAGCUCCCAUAAUAUAUUCUAAUGCCAUUUUUGCAUAAUGAUGCUUCAGAAAAAAAAUGGGUCUUUUAUAGAAGAAAUAUGGGGGGAAAUAAGGAUUGAUUUCUAUGUCUCUUGAAGCCGAAAUAUAUUAUACUAAAACCAACUCUAAUAAUGCUUCUUUUGUUUUUUUUGUUUUAUUUUUUUUUGUCAAAUGAUGUUCCAGCUUUUAUGGAUUAUUAAAGUACAUUUUAGUACAUUUUCAUUAUAUUGGUCAAUGUAUUUUUGUGAAUUAAACUUUUAUCCAAAGCG